AUGAGACCGGCACUCUGCAAAACAACGGCGGAUCUAACAGCGGCCAUGGGAGAUCUCCAGAGCCAGGAAGCAGAGCUCACCGUCUCAUUGGCAUCGCUCGUGGCCUCGACAGAGCCCGUCGACGGCGCGCUGCACACGCUCAGCCAGCUAGCACCAACACUAGACGAAAUGGCUAUAGACGCGCAAACACUCCAUCAAAAUGUACAAUCAACGGCAACAACAGCAGAUAGAGUGGGCAGCCGCGUAAAAAUACUCGACGAGGAAAUGAGACGCAUCAGAGAAGCCAGCGAGCGUGUGGGACUCGUCAUGGAUCUAAAGUCAUCCCUCCUCGAGCUACACGCCGCCAUCGAAGCCCAGGAAUGGGAAGCCGCCGCAAGAUACUGUGCUAGAGCAAUGACCAUCCCACACCAUGUCAUCAAUGGUGCCUUUGCAGAGUCGGUCGUACCCACCUCAUUGUUACCUCUACCGCCCGCCCAGACACUCGAAGAAGCGCGCAAAUCUCUCCUCGACAUCUUUUCCAGGCAGUUUGAACGAGCAUCGGCUGCACGAGACUCUGCGAAUACCAGUCGCGUCUUCAAAUUGUUCCCCGAGAUUGGAUGGGAGACAGAGGGACUCGAGCUCUAUGCACGCUUUGUCGUGGAUUUGAUCAGGGCGAGAGCUCCAGCUGGCGUCAAAGCCUCGUCGCCCAUGUACUACAUAGCCAUGGUCACCGCCCUCUUCGAGAGCAUUGCCGUCAUCGUAGACCAGCACCAGCCCAUUGUCGACAAGUACUAUGGACAAGGCAAAAUGCUCCUCGUAGCCGAACGCUUGAUGAACGAGUGCGACCGGGUCAUCAAGGGUCUCGUCGAAGGCUGGGAAGAAGAACGUGGCGUCAAGCGCAAGACAUUUGAACUCCUCGCGUACCAACGAGCGACCCAAGUCUCGAGCACACAGCGAACAACUGUACAGCUUUCGGCAGCAGAGAGCGAGGAAGAGGCUUCCAAUGCGAGAGAAGUCGACAAGAUUGUUUCGGAGAUUGCUGGUCUUGCAGGUCGAUGGGGUCUGUUUCGACGGUUCCUUUUGGAGCGAUUAAAGGCAGAUGAUACCUCGACACCAGUCUCGCCAACAGAGCAGAGAAUGUCGCGAGAUGACAAGCCCGCAGCGGAACCUCGGACUAUCGCAGAUGGACCAGAAGUUGCCAUGAUUCGUGCUGCUGCCUCGACUCAAGUCUUUGCGAGAUUGCUCGAGGAGUACUACGAGCCUCUGGAGCUGUGGCACCUACGCUCCAGUAUAGAAAAGGCUCAUAGGCUCUCAUCAGUAGAUAGAGGAGCCAUUCCUGUCACCACCACUACUCCCGACGACGUAUUCUUUAUCCUCCAAACAGUCACUUCCAGACUUUUGUCGACAGCGUCUAUUGCCAACGUCGAAAAGCUGAUGACGAGUGUUCGGCAUAUUCUGGAAAAAGACUAUGCGGCGGUCAUUCGACGAAAGCUAGAUGACAUUUAUCGUCCGACGGGAGGCGGAGCAAGUCAGAAGAAUGAAAAAGUUCAGCAAGAAAACUUUAUAAUUCUCCUCAACGACCUGGACAUCUCUUCCUCGCACAUGGAGCGACUUGUCAAGGAGCUCCAUAGUUCACCAACGAUAGAUCAGCACUUUUUGCAAUCAGAGCUAAAUGUUGUUCACGAACAGUUGGACAGCUUGCUCAAACUUACACAUGUGUUCCGCGCAAUGCUCAAAUCAAGUCUCGAAGAGCUCUUCAAUCAACUCAUUCGACCGCGAUUGCGAGCCAUCUUACAAGACGUCUAUAAAGAUCAUACUUAUCUCCUUGACGAAGACGCGUAUGCUACUGUCGAGGCAAACGACUUGGUUCGAAAGAGAUUUACAAAGGCCUGGGAAACGCUAAUGAAUGCGCCUAAAUCGACGUUUACCGAUGGAAAUUAUCGAACUUUCUUUGGCAUGGCCAUUGACACCUUGGUGAAACCAUGGGAGAAGAUGCUCGGCGUGAUGAAGUACACAGAGCUCGGGGCAGUCAGACUUGACAGGGAUAUUCGUGCGAUCGUCGGCUACCUGUCGUCGCAAGCUGUGUUUGGCAACGCUCGUGAAAAGUUCCAACGCCUCUUCCAAAUCUCCACGCUGCUCAAUCUGGACGCAGACGAAGAUGUUGAAGACUUUUACGGCAGUUCUGGGAUUGCUUGGAAGUUGAGCCUCAAAGAGGCAAAGGCUAUAGCCGCACUUCGGCAGUAA